CCAACACGUCGAGGCCACAGUCGAACCAUGUUCCCCUAUGGCCAGCUCCCACAGGACAGGCAGCAGCAGCAACAACAACAACAACAGCAGCAUGAUCACUAUCAAAACACAUACCAGCAGCCAGUCUGGCUCGCCGGCUCCAACGGUUCCCCGCAGCGAUACACGCACAAUCCAUCGCCGCACGACAGCGGCUACUUCCCUCCGAACUCGGCACACCACUACCAGCCGCCGCACAUAUCCCACCAGCAUCGCGGGUCCGACGAAGACUACAUCGCCUACUCUCCGCGCGACUCUGGGCCCUCCCCUUCAUACGCGGCACAUCCACAGGCCGACGGCAGCAAGCCCCGCCGCACGACUUCAGUAGCCACGCACACCACCUUCCGCGUGAAUGGCAUGCACUAUCGACCUGCGGGGCGUCGUCACGUCUCGGAGGACAUCUCCGCGAUGGACUCAGUCCCGGAAACACCCAUGUCACCCGCCAGGAACCGGCCGCAGCCGUCCCGCCUUUCGCCCGCGCGCCGACAAUCCCCCGUUCCGCCGCAGCAGUCACACGGCCCAGGCAGCCCGCACUCACCGACCGCCUCUUUCGCCUCGUCGGCCCGGUCCUCGUCUUCGCCCUGGGGCUACCUCUUCGCCCACGCCCCCGUGCCCCAGGAGCCGCCAGUAGCUACCCACAAGCUCCACCGGCUCCUCACCAGCAUCGCAACGUACCUGUCCGCACAGCCGCCAGCCACGGAGGCCAUCAUCACUCGCGACAAACUCGCGCACUACUACGGCGCGUUCUCUCCACACCCGGACCUGGACCACCGGGCGGCCUACAUAUCCACCGCGACGAACCGGGGGUUAGCGCGCCUAUGGACAUGGCUGGGCUGCAAGUACUACCUCGUCCCAGCGCGCGACGGCGGCGAGCCCAAGCCAGCACUAACGAUCACCGGCUUCGUGGCAUGGAGCACGGUGCAGCUACUUCUAUGCCCGGACCUAGAAGUGGGCGUAAUCAGCUCUCUGCUAAAAGCGGUGGAGUUGCGGGACCCCGAAACGCCAAAUAUCUGCUGGCCGCGGGGCCUGGACCGCGACGCGGUCGGCGGCGUGGACCCGAUCGCCGGCGAGCGCUGGAGCCGCUGGUGGAGCGUCCUGCUGCAGCCCGACGACGAGGAGGAAAUCGAUGUGCUGCGGCGGCAGGUCGCCGAGCUGGAGGAGGAGCUGCUCGGCCGGCGCCGCCGGCAACGCAGCAGCGACAACGGCGGCGUGCCGUCGGACCCUGCGCCGGGAAUCGUUGAGGUCUGGGAUCGCGCAGAGGCGGAGACGGGGCUGGCGGAGAAACCGGAAAGGAAUAGUGGACAGAACGAGGAGAUUGAGAAGCAGAUUAGGGAGCUGGUUAAGGAUAAGGACGCGUGCGGACAGUGCGGGAAGCGCGGCUGGUGCGGCUGUAGAGAGACCGAGGCGGAGCUCGGCGUCGAUGGGAGGGAUAUGGUCGAGACUAGGGAGAUGUUGCUUGAAGGGAGGCAUUGAUGCGGGGUUUCACAUGGUAGGCGGCAAUGGCAGGUGGGUCUUUCUCUCGAGGACGGAAUACUCUACCAUGGCGAAAUGCCACGGAGGAACACGCAGGGCGGAUCCGGCCGACGAAGUGCAUCCCCAUCCGCCGUGGUGUAGUGGUUAGCAUUGGUCGCUUUCAUGGACAGAAUCACUUCUGAAUUUGUAGUGCCGACUAGACCCGGGUUCAAUUCCCGGCGGCGGAAAGAUUUUGCUUUUGCGGGUUUUGUCACUGGUAGUUUUUUUUUUUUUUUGCUGUACUGCACUGGCGGGAGUUGGCUGUUUACUGUUUGAUACCCUGGGAUGAAUGAAGCUUGCAUAUCUACAUAACGUUCCGGUCCCGUGAAACAUCUUUGGGGGCUUCUUUCAUAGUUGUCACAUGUGUAUCUAGGGCUUAUGAU